UGUUUUUGCUGCUUGGAGAUGUAACAACUGUUUUAAACGAGGUAAAAUGCUGAUAAUAACCGUCUGUGUGGGAUGUAAAUAACAGGAAAGAUUUUCUGCCAAAGAAGACCAAUUCUAUUCACGAAUGAACAUGAAGUAGACAUAGUGUACAGUAUUUAUUAUUGUAUUUUUAGUUACCCCAGAGCCUUGAGUUUGACACCAGUGGUUUUGGGUCAGACAUGACACAUUCAACUUGGACGCGCUCACGUAUCCUAGCAACGGACCAACUCCGGAGGCCAACCCUCCCAAUCAAAACUGUGAAUGAAAUAUUUACACACACAAAAAAGAUAUACAUAACCGCAAAAAUAACAACGCAACUGUUUCCCGUGAGUCGAGACGUUCCGCUCAUGACGUUGGUUACGCAAAACUAUCGUUGUAAUUGGACCGGACUGUGAGGUGGGCGGGGCUAGCCCUUGAACGAUGAUAAAAGAUUUACGUUGCGUGGAUGGCGGUGGGGGAGAGUGGAUGACUCACUCGGUCCCCUCCGAUGCGAUGUUUCACCCCGCAACAGCUCGGGCAGCAGUGCAGUGGCACGCCGGCGGAGUAGCGUCACUAAUGGUCGCUGUGCUUCAAGCAGUCCAACUCGCCCCCCAACAUCCUUAACAUACUCUCAACUGAUCCCAUAACAUACAACACUUCUGCUCGGACACUUUGAGUGGGCUCCAAGUUGCAAGAACGAGCGUCGUGAUUUGCCGUAAAUGUUCGUGACGCCAGAUUGCCAUGGAAACAGUGCUGCUGUACUGAGGAGGGGAUAACUGUGCGUGGUGCCAGCGUUUUAACCUCUUUUUAAAGAGGUCUGAUAAACCUUUUUGGAUAUAUCCUCGAGACUUUUGUUGUUGUUUUGCCUUUCUGUGACUGUGCGUUCAAUUUUAAUUCGUCAGGAGAAAAAAACAACACAAAACAAACAAAAACAAACAAACAAGAAAAAAGGCAAGCAUGACGGAGCGUCCAACCGAGAAACGAUUCCACCACUUGACCUUGGAGCAACUCCAGGCUUUGGAUAAAGUCCUGACCGAGGUCAUUCCCAUCCACGGGCGAGGGAAUUUUCCGACACUGCAGGUGAGUGCCAAAGACAUCAUUCGUGUGGUGAAGGAUCGACUUGUAGAAAGAAACAUCCAGGUGAAGGAUAUACGCCUCAACGGAGCCACAGCCAGCCACGUCCUGGUGAGGGACAAUGGUCUGGACGUCAGGGACUUAGACAUUAUUUUCGGAGUAGACUUGCCCAGGCAGGAGGACUUCCAGGUGAUCAAGGAGGUGGUGCUGAGCAGCCUGAGAGACCUCCUCCCAUGUGGAGUGAACAGACGCAAGCUCACCUGCCUCACCAUGAAAGAAGCUUACGUGCAAAAGAUGGUCAAAGUGUUCAACGAGCACGACAGGUGGAGCCUCAUCUCGCUGUCCAACAACAGAGCCAAAACAGUGGGACUGAGAUUCGUCAGUGCCCUUCGCAGGCAGUUUGAAUUUAGCGUUGACUCCUUCCAGAUCAUCCUGGACCGCAUGCUGGAGUCCUACUGGGAGAAUGACAGGAGACAAGGGAGGAAGUUGUCCUCAGAUGCCCGGACGUUGGCCUCAAAAGACAGCGAGGGGGAGAACGAAAAGCGAGCUCAGUCGAGCGUCCCUCAGGUCGACUCAAAGAUGGCUUCUGGUGGAGAGACAGCGCAUCGUCGUGAAGCUGUUGAGGAGGCAGAGCUUCUUCGUUCAGAGACAGAAAAGUGUGAGGGACAGGAGGGGUUAGCGCCCGAGGAUGUCGAUUUCAAGCUUCACCCUCAACAGGAAGAGCCAAAAAUAGGCGCACACUCAGAAGAGGACAUCGGUUUUGAGCUAAGGGAUGACAAGGAAGCGCUUUCGAAGGGAUCUGUUGUGGCUUCAUCUCCUCCAGCGUGUGCAUGUUUAAAGCUGCAGGUUCAAGAUGAGGCCUCUCGUUCGCGUAUCUCUAUUACGGCACGGGUCGGGAAAUCCUCCGUGCAGGAUUGUGUCCAAGUGGACUCUGCUGUCCCCGGCCUGCAAGAGCCCCAUCAUGAGUUCUCCUCUCCUCCCCCGGCGAAGAAAACCUGCAGUAUGUCUCCAGACGUUGUACCAGACUACUGCCCCUCGCCAAAACUACAAAGAAAAAUGUCGCGCAAGAUGAUCUGUAGUCCCGAAAAAUGGUCCUUGCUCACAGACGUGUCGGAUAUGACCACUCAGCUGUUUGCACCCAUUGAGAUACCCGCACCGUUUACGCCUCCUUUGCAAGACGGGGCUCAUGGAACAACUUCCUCACAGAGAAGUUCAGCAAGUGUUCUCGGUACAGCUAGCACACACCAGGCUGGACCUGAAACUAAUCAGGUUGCUGAACCAACUGUGAAGCCCAAACAUUCCAAGAAGCCUCCAGAUUGUGACAACGGCGGCCACACGCAUGAAGCGAAUGUAGGAUUGACUCAGGAUGUCCGUGCAGAAACUCCCCCGCUCAGCUGUGAAUUAAGCUCAUGGGAGUCCUCUGUGGUUGUGGAGGCGGAGUGCAUGUAUGGUGACUUCACCCAGGCCAUGGAGCACCUUCGGCAGCGCCUCAUUGCCACCCACCACCCCGAGGAGAUCCGAGGAGGGGGCCUGCUGAAAUACAGCGACCUCUUAGUGAGGAACUUCCGUCCGGCCAGCGAGACGGAGAUCAAGUCUCUGGAGAGGUACAUGUGCUCCCGCUUCUUCAUCGACUUUCCCGAUGUGAAGGAGCAGCAGCGCAAGAUCGAGGCCCACCUGCAUUGCCACUUUACGGGAAGCGAGGAGAGCAGCAAGUACGACUACCUGAUGACUCUGCGACGCGUCAUCGACGAGAGCACCGUGUGCUUGAUGGGCCAUGAGAGGAGGCAGACGCUCAACAUGAUCACCGUCCUAGCUCUGAGGGUGCUAGGGGAGCAGAACGCCAUCCCCAACGCCGCCAACGUCACGUGCUUCUACCAACCGGCCCCUUACAUGAGCGAGCCCAUUUACGGCAGCUACUUCAUCGCGCAGGCCCAGCCCUCGCUCGUCUACCACCCCUACCCGGUCCACGUGCACAUGCAAAGCGGUCUGGUGUAGCCACGGCGUUGUGCCGACUGGGAGGCGGGAAGGCAGAUUUCAGCAAGUGCCAGCACAGGCACUGAUGCAAGUUUUGAAAACAUGAGGCGCCCCCCCCGGGCACAGUGUCCUUUAAUGCUUUGACGUCCCACCUUGGUCAGGACUCAGUGGAGUCCAAAGGCAAAGCAUGUGAGCCUUGGUAGAAAUUUGGAAAGGAGAGAAUUGCAAAGUGGAUUAUGAACACAGAGAGCACAAAGGAGCCGAGUAUGGAAAAUGAUUAUGAUGAUUCCCAAACUCCAAUUCAGAUGAAGUUGGGACAUUGAGUAAAACCGAAACCCCAGAAUACAUGAUUUGCAUAUCCUUUUCAAAAUCUAUUCAAGUGAAUACAUGACCAAAGCAAGAUAUUUAAUGUUCAAACUUGAUGAAAUAUUGACUCAUUCUGAAUUGAAUGCCUCCAACAUGUUCCAAAAAAGCUGGGACACCCAACGUGUUGACCACUGUGUUCUUUUCCUGUAACUACACCCAAUCAGUGUUUGGGAAUUGUGUACACCAAUUUUUGAAACUUUGCAGGUGGAAUUUUCUACCAUUCUUGCUUGAUCAAACAACAUCAGUUUCUCGAGAGUCUUGGGUCUCCGUUGUGGUGUUUUGUGCUUCAUAAUCUGCCACACAAUUUCAAUGGGAGACAGGUCUGGACUGCUGGCAGGCAAGUCUAGUACUAAACAGUGAUGCCCGUUUUUAAUGCAGUGUCGCCUGACGGAUCGAAAGUCACAGACAUUCAGUGAUGGUUGGCCACUUAAAUGCAGAGAUUUCUCCAGAUUCUCAGACUCUUUUGAUAUUAUUGACCAUAUUCCUAAAUUUGUUAUACCCAAUCGUGAUACUCAAAUUUUCCAAAUAACUUGUGGAAUAUCCCAGACAGGUGUUUUUGAGCAUUGCUCCUCCACUAGGUUUUUUGAAAUGUGUUGCAGGCAUUAAAUUCAAAAGAGAAUAUUUGCCCCCCAAAAUAACCCCAAAACAUAACAUUUAUCAGUUAGCACUUUG